UGCGUUCGCCGGGGGGAAUCCCUCAGCCGGGGCCUCUGGGCCCAAAAUGAAGAAGCCCCGGACCUUUAAGAAAACCGCCGGGACCCCGACCAAGUCUUCUGCAAAGGAGAAGGAGCAGCCCCCAGCCGGCCAGGUCGUGGGAACUGUUCCUUCGGCUGCUGGGGGGAGCAACAUGCCCCCACCCCCUCCGCGAGCUCCGGCCCUCGUCCGGGAUACAGGGGCGGAGCUCGGGACUUCGGCCAUUUCAACCUCCGAGGUGCGUAUCCCGGUUUAUCCCCAGGACCUAGAGAAGAUUCCAGAGGCCUUCCGGGGAACGGUGUAUGAGUCGGCGAACUACGCCGUCAGCCACAUAUACAAGUUCAACGAGAAGGAGCUCAGGCCCAUCGAAACCAGGAGCCCGGUGGGCGUGGUGGAGUCUUCAUUGGGCAUGGCCCUAACGAGCGUCGUUGCCCUUCACCGGAGCAUCGCCAGGACCAAGGCUCAGCUCGAGGAGAUGAGGAGCGAGCACCAGGCGGUGGUGGCCAGCCACCAGACCUCCUUACAGGCGGCUACGGACGCUCUGGCGGCCGCGCAGGCCGAGCUGAAAGAGACUUGCCCCAAGCUUCAAGAGCUCGAGACCGCCCUUGCUACUUCGCGGGCAGACCUAGAUACCGCGAAGGUUGAGGCCAAGGCCGCCCUGGCAGCCUAGCGGGCAACUUCAGAUGCCGCCAUGGAAGACAUGUUCUACCAUUGCUGGGCCUAUAACCAGGACGCCGACUUCUCCUUCCUGGCAGCGGCCGUCUGAGAGCCCUUGCUGGAGAAGUUCAAAGCUUGCCUUGAUAAAGAAGCGCCCUCCGAGGCUGGGGAAGGCUCCGGCGCAGCUGAGCAGGGCGAGACGGCGACCUCCAAGGGGCCAACUGGCGGAGCUUAGGGCCUUCCUCUUUGUGCCCUUUUCUUGAAUAUUUUAAAAUUUUUCUGUGUAACUUCUGCAUGAGGUGCUUACAUCUCGAGACAAUUUAACUAUCAAUUUUAUUUUUAAUUGAUUUACUGCCCUUUGUCUCUACGCAUUUAAGUUACUAUUUUGAAAAACUUAGUUCGCGUUAAUCUUUAUCCAUAUCUCGAGCUCUUUA